ACUACCCCCAAUACCGUUAUUUCGCGAGUGUGUUCCGCCAUUCUCGGUUGACAUUCGCAGCUACCUCACAGAUUUGGACACUAAUCAAUAGUGAAAAAAAUUAACAUCAAUUUGCACAAUUAUAUACCGUCAUUGAGUUUAUGAUGAAUUUAAACAUAAUACUUCCUUGAUAUUUCAUUGACAAAGGCUCUUCAUUGUGGUUUUAUCAUUUCAACGGAGUGUAAAAUACCGUGUAUAACCGUGAAGAAUGUUAAAAUACAUUUGCACGGAAAUUUUCAAGAGCUUCUCAUCUCAUCAGUCACGUAUCAGUAAUUGCAAACAAUGUGUUUCAUCAUCACAUCGUGUACAAUCAUUUGUACCUCGACUAUCGCAUACGGAAUACAGUGAUGGUCCAUUAUAAAUCACACUAGUCGUAAUGAUAAUAACAAUUUAUAGGAGUGAGAGUGAUUGCGACUUAUAAUUAAUGCAAUGCAAUGCAAGUUAAUAAUUCCUAGUGGAAAGUAUUGCAUCCUGAUUGUUACUGGUAGCAAUUAGAAUGAGACAAUUAUGUGUGGUGGUAACUGGAAUGCGAAUUUUUCCAGUGAAUAACUGGAGCUAGAUGAAAAUGAUAUUAAAACAUCCAAAUUCAGAUGCUACUUAAUUUCUAUAUAAUAGUGAGACAUAAGUUUCAUUCAUAUUUCAUGGAUCAGAAGUGAAAUUAAAUAAUUGGUACGUGUGCAAUGUAAAUUAUUUUUGGCGGGCUGUCAAAUAUAAACGAUAGAGAAGAUAGAUGAAGUGAUGUUCACGAAGAAAAUAGUGUAAAUCAUCUUGAAUGACUUCAAUGCUAUUUCACCCUGAUUAACAGUUGCCCACUGGGGUCAUAGUGGCUUUUCUGUAAUUCCACAAAGUGACAAUAUAGGCUUUUGAAGAGGAGAAAAUAGACAAAAAACAUAUCAUGAAGGAGAAUCGACGGAGAUGGCUACAAGCCAUUUGGCCACUGAUAGCAGUAUUAUCUCAUCAAUCAGAGUGCCUAGCGAAAACGGGAGCAGGCAGUUCCGUUGUAGAACACCAUCCAAGUUCUUAUUGGGAACAACCAUUUAGUCAACCGUAUUUUGAUAAUACGACAAAACGAGAAACAACAACCACGGUUGGACAAUCAGCUUAUCUUUAUUGCCGAGUUCGCAAUCUUGGGGAUCGUGCUGUAUCGUGGAUUCGCAAGAGAGAUCUGCACAUCCUGACUGUUGGUAUAUUGACAUACACCAAUGAUCAACGAUUUCAAGCGAUGCAUAGCGACGGUAGUGACGAAUGGACAUUAAAAGUAACGUCACCUCAGGUACGGGAUAGUGGAACAUAUGAGUGCCAGGUGUCAACGGAACCAAAAAUUAGUCAGGCCUACAAAUUGAGUGUGGUUGUAUCCAAAGCGGAAAUUUCGGGUAAUGCAGAAUUAUAUAUCAAGAGUGGAAGUGAUAUAAAUCUUACUUGCACAGUACUUCAGACACCUGAACCACCGUCCUUCAUUUACUGGUACAGAGGUGAUCACGUCAUAAAUUACAGCCAACGUGGUGGAAUAAGCGUUGUGACAGAGAAACAAACGAGAACCUCCCGUUUGUUGAUAUCACGAGCGCUUCCAGCCGAUGCGGGUAAUUAUACCUGUGCACCGUCAACAGCCGAAUCUGCCAGUGUCCUGGUACACGUGCUCAAUGGUGAGCAUCCAGCAGCAAUGCAGCAUGGUAAUUCGAGUAAUCGUAGGGCGACAACGCCAACAUUAGCGUUGGUGCUGCUGUUACUUUAUUGUGGAUCAUUGGUAAGAUGACUGGUCGAUUAUAAUCAGUAAGCAUUUUUUCAAUCCUGCAACUGUAAAUGGUGAUUACCUGCCCUCAUUGAAAUAAUUUUUCUCCCCCAUUUCCAACACCUCGUAAGCAGCAAGUUCAUGAAAUUUUACCCAUGAUCUCGAUCUCAUUAUGAAAGAAACGAAAUAUUGGUCUCUGAUUGUUUACGAUACCGUGUAAUAUCGAAGGUACGGAUCAUUGAGCCAAUGUUGAUAAAUUAAUCUCUCCGAAUGAGAAUAUCUGAUACAAAUAAUACCAAUAAUUCAUAAGCGAUAAUGUUACUGUAAAUAUUCUUAUAUCUUCUAUUAUAGUUUUGAGGCGUGCGCGGGCAUGAUUAUUAAUAUCAUUGGCUUCCGGGUGAUUGCCGCGUUUUGUUUCAAUGUUCUCUCGAUGAUUCGCAAACACUGCCGUUUGCAUCUUCACAAAUAUGAGAUCCGAUCCAGAAUAUAUCCGAGGGCAAUGAUAUUUAUAUCACAUUGUUGAUUUGGUAUAUGUUGAUUAAGUUACCGAUAAAUAGGAUAUGUUUUAAUGAGAAAUUAUUUCAAUCGAAAUAUAUAUUUGGCUGAUAAUGAAUGAAUUUAUGGGAAAUUAAUACUUUCAACUUUAUAUCGUUACGAUGUUUGGAAAUUCUAUAGAUCUAUCACUUUAGAGGUCGAUUUACUGCUAUAAACGAUAGUUCAUACCAAGUAACAACUAAUUUUAAUAGAGAAUAUGAAGAUUAGUAUCCCUAUAUCAUACUUGAUCACUGAUAUUUUUCCAGUAGCUAACAUAAAUGAUGGUCAGUUAAUUCGUUACAGUCAAACACUAAAGCUUGAUGCUAGUGGAAUGGACACUUAUUUUCAGAUGAGAUGGUGUAUAUCUAUUUUAUGUGGCGAUGUGUACAACCAGCGAUCAGUAAAGUAAAUCAAGUCAAGGUUUUAUUUCUUUUUACAUUUCUAAUAUAACAGACUGGUAAAAAGACUUUGAAAUCACUGUUGCUUUCAAUCAUUCUGUAUAGUAACCAUCGACUACCAGUACACGAAGUAGUACAUGGGAUAGCUCAUUGUGAAUCCCACUCGCCAAUCAAUCUUGGGGAAAUGAUCCACUAUUCAGAAAUUAGUGAGAAUAGCCACCGAGUUGUGCUUGUCAAUAUAUGUCAAUUCUGUUUGUAUGCAUUAGCUUCUUAAUUUUUUUGUACAGCCUGAUCAUUGAAACAUUGAGCUUGGAAUGAUUCAUCGCUUCGAGACACGUAGAAAACAUUACAUUUUAUUGAGAAUUUGACCAAAUGAUCAAUCUUAAAUAUACCGGAUAUAUGAUCAAAUGAAUUCCGAACUAAAUCCAUAUGCCAAUAUUCCAAAUGUUAGUCGUGAAUAAUCGUUCAAUGAUAAUGAGAGUGAACUUGAUUCCAUUAACAAUUAUUCCUUGACGUUUUUAUUGGUUAGGAAUAUUUCACUUCAGUAAUUUACCAUCCACCUUGCAGGUCCAGAUGAAGCAAUAAUUUUAUAACAUCACCGUUUUUUUCAUUCUCAAUUACCUUUCUGAUAUUACUUCACAUAUCCAUUAACGUAUCCAUUAACUUAGAGCAGUUUGUAAGUGGUAACGAAGAAAAUAAUAAUGUAUAUAUUGCUUACAUAGCGCUGACAUAUUAAUCUUAUAUGAUUUUAUUCAAACCUUUUCAAAACUGUUAAUU